UACAUAGUAAACGGCGCAAAGGGCUCGGGCUAACUAUGUGCCCGAAUCAAUUCUUCCCAAGCCUCCGUUGCGCGUUGGAGUAUUAAUAUGAUGCUUCAUCAGUAUAGCAUAAUUAGGGAGUGAUGUCUGUCUCUCUCUUUUCGUGCGACGUCCUCGGAGUCGCCUCACUACGUCCUGAAUAACCUGUCGUACCGGAUAUCUCCCACUGCAGUGGCCCCUACCUGAACGAUGACGACCCUCGAGGUCACCCAGGCCCAGGGCGUUCUCACAGUCGAAGAGCUUGCUUCACAUAACCAGCCCAACGACUUGUGGAUUGCAGUGGAUGGAAAAGUUUACGAUAUUACCAAAUACACUGAGAUCCAUCCAGGAGGGGUCCAAAUCCUCUGUGGAGUCGCCGGUACCAAUGCAACGGCCGCUUUCCACGACGUGGGCCAUUCCGAAGAUGCCCACGAAACGCUGCAGGCCUUCCUGGUAGGCACGUUGGAGCAAAGCGAGGAGGAGACUCGCGUACGGCCCAUCUUCCAAUCCACAGUCCUUUUUCCCGCUGCAGCUGCAACCUACACGAGUCGAGGGUUCCACGUCUAUCUCGCGAUAAGUUUGGCGAGUCUGAAGCAAGCACUCAGCCUGACCUGCAUGAUCGUCGCCGCUAAAUUUCUCCUGCCCGACUUGGUUAGCGUGGCCGUGCUCUCCGGAGCCGUCAGCGCGGUAUCCUCGUUCUGGAAAGGCGUCAUAUUGUCGUCGGCUGCUAGCGGUAUGUGCCUGUGGAUCGUGGGCAGUGAGGUCGGCAAGUCUCUCGACAUGACGGAUGGUCUCAGACGUUAUCCCCCGAUAAUGAAGCCCACAAAGGCUCUCCACGGCCCAUCUUUCGGGGGGCCGAGGGGGCAGGCUGCCAACAAUGGUGCCUUGAACCCAAGCCAUUUCAGCGCUUUCAUCCUCACCGAGCGGAUGCAGCUUACCCCCAAUACCCACCGUUUCAAGCUCCAAGUUUCUCCAGAUGCACAGUCCAUGGGCUUGUUGUUAUCAAGCUUCCCAGUGGGUCAGCAUGUUCAAGUACGUGCAGACAUCGACACUGCCACAGUGGUUCGAAGCUACACCCCCACCGACAUGGACACGCAAUCCGGAUGCAUCGAACUGACGAUCAAAGUCUACGCGGGCAGCAAGAUGGGCAAUCACCUCCUCCACCUCCCUCUGGGUGCUGCAGUCGACCUGCGAGGACCCGUGGGUCAUUUCAAGGGUUAUCAUCGCUUCCUGUGUAGCGAGCUCGCCAUGAUUGCAGGAGGCACAGGAAUCACCCCCAUGUGGCAGCUUAUCAAGGCCAUCUGUGGAGACCCUGCGGAUGAAACUUGCAUCACACUACUGUACGCCAACCGAACGCCAGCCGACAUACUUUUACGGAAGGAGAUCGACGCUCUUGCCGCUAGUUGCCCCAACAAGCUCAAGGUGCACUACUUCCUCAGUGCUGAUCCCUCUACGGCUUCUUGGGUGGGCGAACGUGGAAGAGUCACUGCCCACAAAUUGGCACAGUUGCUCCCACCUGUCAGCAAGACUGCCAAAUAUCUCAUCUGUGGACCGGACCCCAUGGUCGAUGCGGUCACGCAGGAUCUCGUGGGUCUUGGCUGCGACCAUCCCAAAGCAUUCAAGCAUGCCACCGAUCAGGUCUUUGUUUUCUAGGCAAGUCGGUGUUACGCCGAGCAGUGUCAACCACGAUAUGCUGGUGUUGGAGCGACGCGGGGACAUGGUUUUUCCCCCACUGCCAAGGAAGCCACGGUUCUGCACGUGUCUCCCGGACAGGUCAGGGAAGACUUGGGGCGACCUGGGAGAUAACACUCUGGUUGGAUUCAUGCGAGGCUUUUUUCGACCGGACUGUAAAUUACGAGAUGUGUAAUUGACUCAACGCCAUGAAGGAUCGACAAAGAGGUGACACAUGCUGCUGUACAUGUACUACCUCGAUCGACAAACCUUUGGCACCACGAUAAGCAGCUGGCAAGCUUAAUUCUCGACACGACUUCUUCCGAAUCAACUAAAUAUAGUGCUCGCAACCAGGAUUACUGGGAAGAGAGAACCGGGUCACGUGUACGUGGGUGUCUUAAUUAAGCC